AUGGCGGCCGAGAGCGUGGGCCUGGCAGCCUCGGUUGCCGGCCUGCUAUCUUUGGGCUUGCAGAUCACCGGCGGCAUCGUCAAGUACAUGGACGCCUUUGAGGGCCGUGACGAGGAACUACGAAACGUCAAGAAAAAUAAUGACAACCUGGGGGUCACACUCCUUGCGAUGAAAACGGUGUUAGCUGGUCUGCAGGGCCAAAGUCCUGCAGUCGUUGAUGCAGUAGAUCAGAACAUUCGAAGCUGCGAGGAGGACCUUCGCGCCGUCGAGGCUUUAUGCAUUGACCUUUCUGAUCGCGAUGGCAGUACGUGGACGAAACGGCUGGAGAACAAAAAAAAGAAGGUGACUUUUGCGUUCCAUCGACCCAAACUUCGAGACCUUGAGCUGCAGUUGCAAAAGGCCUAUGGUGCUCUGCAACUGGUACAGGGCAGCUUGGGACUGAACGCAGUCUUGCUGGCGGCUAUCGAGUCGAGUUCUCGCGACCAAGCUUCUGAAAUGCUCUUAAUCCGGUCAGAAGUAGCAGCACUUGGUACGCCUGUGGGCGACAUCAAUGACAAAUUGUCAGGUCUACAAAGCAUUGCGGACCAGACAAGACAAUUCAUCGUGGCUCAUUCCGGAGCUAUCGAAAUUGAGGCUCGCGAGAGCAGCCAGCGUCUCAGAUAUGAUCUUCAGCAUUCGCAUGCCUCAAUUGUACAGCACCUUAAGACAAUCGAUCACAAAGUACAGCUUCUGGGAGAAGAGAACGGUUCUCUACGGGCAUUAGCUCUCAAAGCGGCCUCCAAGCCAGCAGCUCUCAAGAGAUUCUCGCCGUUACAUAACUUGACGUGUCAAACUGAUGAGUGGGCCGAGGACGCCGUUCUGGCCCUAUCACGGGCUAACUUUGAAAACCAGCCGGCCAUGUCGGAACGGACGUCAAAGAUCUGUAAAUUCACGCACUUCGCGAUUGCGGUACAUCGUAGCCUCAUGUCUUUUGGCAAGCUCCCUGAGGUUGCGACAGCGAAGCCUGAAAUUCUCAAAAGGCUCGUAAAAGCUGCGGAUCUGAUCACCCUGAACCAGCGAGACAGCACAGGUACUAAUGCACUUGAAACAGCCAUGGUGCUUAGCUCACUGUAUUGCGUCAAUGGCACAGAAUAUCUGCAAAUCUACGAUGAGGCUGGCGGGACCGUAGACUCUUUAUCAAACUGGAUAUUCCAGCAAACUAGCUCAUGCGGCUCGGAGUUCACGCUCUCAACUUAUGUAGAGGCAAUCAGGUUCAUGACAUUCGAAGCACUGGGCAUGGCCCAUAGCUGUUGUAAUCCAAGUUCUCUGGUCGAGGAAGGUGCGGCUUGGAUUGAUAUGGAUGAUCUGGAGGUCAUCGAGGAGCACGACUUCUUACUCAAGUUACACGAGCUUUUGGUCGUUGAAUUUACGCAAAAAGCUAGCGAGUAUCUGGGAAAUGGGCCAAACGAUAUCCCAUUGUUCCCUCAGUUUUGGAAAUCAUACUGGGCCGAUCGAAUGACCGAUGAGUUAGAAAAGCUGGGCGGGGAAGACUUGACUGCUGAAGAAAGACGAGAUGCAGAGGAAAUCGGCGUGAUAUGGGACAAGUCAACAGGGAGCGGCGAGCGUAAAUCUAGAAACCCAUACCACAGGCGGGAUAUGGAGCACUACUUCUUUGAGUUGGACCUCAUCUGCCCUGAGUACAAUGAGCCAUGGCCAGAGGGAAUGCGUCGCAUUCAUUAA